AAUAUUGUUUACAAUUUUUGCCAUGUGUAUGGAAACGUAAAUAUAAAUCCCCGAAUUUAGAGAGAUCAUCCCCCUUUCUUUUUUACUUCGCAUAAUAAAAAACUAUGUUUAAUUGAGGCAUACCGAUUCCGAUUAGAUUCUGAAAAGAUUUAAGAAAUGUUUCUUGGAAACGGGAUAAAUUCACAGCGCACGGGUCAAAGAAGAGUUGCUCCCUUGGAGCUUCUGGUGAACCCGUGGAGGAAAUCCCGCUGAACUACCGGUGUGUUUGGACUCGCGAUAAAGGGAGAAAACAAAUUUCACAACACCAACAUUACUUCUCAGUAUUUUAUUUCUCAACUUUUCAAAACGUCAGUUUGUCAAAACAUUAAUACAGGUUAGUGAUUGAAAAUAUCUAGAAGGAAUUCAAAUAACUGCUUUAGGCUGGAAAUACUGUACAAGUCAUGUUUUUGAGGGUUUGUUUUGUGAGAAUAAUUUCAAGUAUUUGAAGACUGUUUCGGAACGAAACGAAACCAUUUUGAUUGAAAUGCUCUACAACACUCCAUUGCACAAAAUAAUUAUGGAAAAACGUGCAUUAUUUUGUUGCCUAUGACCAUGACAUCCAAAUAGAUUUAUCAUUUACUUUCCCUUGAGGAUGAAACCAUAAGACAAUAAUAUAAACUACACAUAACGACAAAGAUCUACUAUAAGACAUAAUGACCCCUCCCUGGACAUUUUACACAUCCCCUCACAAUACUUGUUUAUUUGUACCCCUUUCAGCAAAAUGAUGUCUUCGAGAAAUGGGCGUGGUUUUGUUGAGUGACAGGAUGACGCGUUCAUUCAAAAAACAUCAAUACGUAAUUCUUGCAUUCUUAAUAAGGAAUGUGUGUACACGGUGAGCGAAUGGUUAGCAAAGCCGUGUAUUGUGUUUCGAAAAGGAGAAAAGGGCUGUAAUUUCUCCCGUUGAACCGCACGACUGAAUUCGGAGAUUGAAAACUUCUUGAAGCUGUUUCAGCGCCAUCAUCAAGCAAGACGUCUUGAUAGAGAAUCUUAGAGAAUUGGAACAUGGGUUGGAGGAAGAUACCCCUGCUCCUGCAGGCGUUGAUGUUACUUAUUGCUACCAUCUCAGCAGAGGAUUUCACUUUCGAAUCUUUUUACGGCAGUGUAUCACACAUUGACGAUGAAUACAAGAAGAUUGUUGAUGAUGCCGUUCGAUACGUGAAUACAGAAGACCGAAAUGGAGAUCAAUUGAGAGUUACGCAUUUCCAAUCCCGUAUAUCACAAACUCCACCUUACGUGAAACAGUUCAGCACUAACCCAUACCAGGCUCUCAAACUAGAUGUAUGUCCAUCUGUGGCUUCCGCUCGUAUCAAUGGCCUUAUGAUUCCUAAUGAUCUAUGCGUGAAUUGCCGAUCCGUUGGAGGGAUGGUCAGUGAUGCAGUCAGUCCAACCAUUGCAUUAGAUCAGGCUCAAGGCUCUAAAGCCAUCAAAUUGCUGCCCACUACCGAUGAUAUUUCUGAUUUGCUGGUUGGGCUUAUCAAUUAUACCAAGUGGUAUGACUUCAUUGUUCUGUACGAUCAAGACUCUGGACUCGAUAUGGCUGAAAAGAUGAUGGACUUUGCUGAAACCUACGGCUGGAAUGUCAAGUUAUUGAGCGUGUUGGACCAUGAUGCAUUGACUCAAACACUGAAGACAUCCGCAGUUAAGAAUCUUCUACUUUACUGCGAAUACCAAGAGAAUGCAAUGGAAGUUGUCAGAUUGGCUAUGGACAAGGACAUGAUGAAGGAUUCUUACCAUUGGAUGCUUGGCAAUGUGAACAUGCCACUGACUUGGGACGAUGUUGCGAAGAUUAAAAGGGGUGGGGCUUACAUAACACGCCUCCAGAUGCAGACUGUGAACAAUGUAGCGUCUGACCUUUCAACCCAGAAAGCAGAGCCAAUUGAGGAGUGGCCAUUUCGGUUGAGACUUUCUUAUGAUGCUGUGGUUCUAUUCAAACAUGCCCUAACGAAGUACAAGUUAAGAAACAACAGAUAUCCACGGACUCCAAUUCUUUGCCAGUCAAGUGACAAUUAUGUUGUCAGCCCACUCGAGGAAGAUCUUAAGAGUGUGACAUUUGAAGGUCUUAGCGGCACAGUGUCUUUCGACAGUAAUGGCGACCGAACAAAUUACACAAUCGAUAUCUACAUGGGAAAAGGAGAAACUGUGUAUGUUCACAAUUCUGUUGAGGAAAUCCACCCAAUGGGAAAAUGGACUCAAAGUAUUCGUAACUGGGAGCUAAGAAACCCCGGUAAAUGGCACAGCCCAACCCGUCUAUCCAUGAACCCAUUUAGGAAUGCUGCUGUGGAUACCAUAAGAAUCGUAUCAUUGGAGGAGCCUCCUUAUCUUUUGGAUGACAGUCGCGUCGGUAUCCAAGGUUUCAUCCCAGAGUUCUUGAAACAUCUUAAGAAGCUCAUGGAAGAAGAACUUGGCCACGAUUUCUCCUACGAACUGGAGCUGGUUUCCGAUGGAGACUACGGUAGAUACGAUAUCGACUCCCAUAGCUGGAGCGGCUUGAUGGGAAGACUAGUCAAUGGGUAUGCUGAUAUCGCUGCUGCCCCCAUGGCCGUUACGCCCCUACGUGAUGAGUAUGUUGACUUCACCGUACCUUUCAUUAAGAGUGAGCUCGGUGUCUUGGUCAAACAUCCUAGUUGGAUCUGGGAGUACCCCUUCGCACCUGUCUUUCCAUUCCGAUGGGAUGUUUGGUUAAUCAAUUUCUUUGCUCUGAUUGUUGUUACCGUAGUACUGACUUUCAUCGGGGCAUUCAACAAGGAGGAAUGGAAGAAGGCAUCGGAGCGAGGUGAAGCAUCACAGGAACAAAGCCAAAGCUUCAAUGUUUGGAAUUCAUUUUGGUUCUCUGUAACGACCCUGUUCAUGCAGAGUUACGAUGCAUCACCCCGAUCAUGGUCAGGUCGAAUUGUGGCAGCUUUUUGGUUCUUCUUCUGCAUCGUUAUGGUGUUUCUAUUCCUCUUGAAUUUAACACCAUUCCUUACAGCUUCUAAAAGUAUUGGUAUCGUCCGUGAUGUAGGAGGUCUUCUGGAUGAAACUGCUGUCGAUGUUGGGUUUAUUAAGGAUAGCCCUGCCUAUGACUUCUUCAAGUACUCUGACGUUGAAGACUACCGUCGAUUCUGGGAGUACAUCCAUGCAGCUAAUUCUAUGUAUGGUGAUGAAACCACGAUAGAGGUUCGUGCAGAGGAAGCUGUCCAGAGGGUCCGUCUAUCUAAUGGGCGUUAUGCUUUAAUCCACGACAAGGAGGUGCUUAAGAAAGAGGCUGAUAGAUGGCCAUGUGACCUCUACAUUACUGGUGGUCACUUUGCUCUGGUCGAGUAUGGCCUGGCUGUACAGUCAGGAUCACCACUACGUGACCAGCUGACCUAUGCCGUGAGACGUCUGCAAGAGAAGGGAAUCAUCGACGAAAUCUGGAAAAACAACAGCAACAAUCCACUUUGGGUUGAGAUAAACAAGGAAGGCUCUUGCCAAGGUAAUGCCACCAUCUGGGAGGUACAGGGUCUCUUCUCCUUGACAGCCGUUGACCUCAAGGGUGUUUACUUCAUUCUCAUGCUUGGAAUGGGUUUCGCUGUUAUAGUAUUCGUUCUUGAAGUCCUAGCUUUCCAACUUGGGUACGGACCUUCAAGCCCAGGCGCUCCUCGCGACAGACAAGAGUUGCAAAACCUUAGAUCAAACGAUAAAAUGGGAGGUGGUGGUGGAAUGGGGCAGGCAGGUGGAGCCGGAGGUAAUGAAAAGAUGUGGAUUUAGGUCAGGGUCAACAAGUUCUUGGGCUGCAGUGCAAACUUUAAAUUUGGGACUGCCUUUGUACCUCUUGAAAAUGUUGUAAACCUUUUACAUGCCCUCUUUGGAAGUAAACUUUUCAUUGAUCUUCAAACUUUUAAUUUGGGACUGCCUUUGUGCCUCUCGAAAAUGUUGUAAACCUUUUACAUGCCCUCUUUGGAAGUAAACGUUUCAUUGAUCUUCAAACUUUUAAUUUGGGACUUCCUUUGUACCUCUUGAAAAUGUUGUAACCCUUUUACAUGCCCUCUUUGGAAGUAAACUUUUCAUUGAUCUUCAAACUUUUAAUUUGGGACUGCCUUUGUGCCUCUCGAAAAUGUUGUAAACCUUUUACAUGCCCUCUUUGGAAGUAAACGUUUCAUUGAUCUCCAAACUUUUAAUUUGGGACUGCCUUUGUACCUCUUGAAAAUGUUGUAAACCUUUUACAUGCCCUCUUUGGAAGUAAACGUUUCAUUGAUCUUUAAGAGCAACAUACAUGUAUCGGGCUAGUGGUUGAAAAUUCAAGCUCGAAGUAAGAACACCUUCGUUUUGGAAAAUAAGAUCGAUAACUACAGUCCGUUUAUAAACAGCGCGUCUUGAAGAUGUUCCGCUUAUAAAGAGUAGAUUCUGAAGACCCGAUUCUUACUUCUGCUCUGUGUUUCUGUUCUUUGCUGUCCUCUUAAACAACGUUUUGUUAUAAAGAGAUAGUUUGGCCAGUCCCAGCGAUCUUGUUGCAGUGAGGGUCUAUUUAGAAUGUUUUAUGUAAUGAUCGUUUGAUAUUGGGUUGUAGGUGCAUCAUUUUACCAUGUUAACAGCACGACGUUGUAUACUCAUUUGAGUGAACCCUUUUUAGAAUGAUGAAUUUUAAUAUUCUUAUAUAAUGAGUUUUAAUUCGUCAUUCGCAGAACAAAAGUAGUGUUUUUAAUUGAUGUAAUAUUAUCUUGUUUCAGUUAAUUGAACGUUUGGUUUAAUUUACUUGUAUAUAGUGUAGUCUUGAUUACUUGUUUUCGUGUUUUUUGUGAUAAUAAACAAUUUCAGAGGGCUGAAUCACUUUUUUUCUUGGGGGGGGGGGGCUUCGAUUCCCUUAUACAUGUACUGGCAUUUCCAUUUGGAGUAGGACUGAGUAGCACAUUGUGUCUCCGUGUCAAUUACUGAGAGCAAAACAGUUUUUUUCUUUAAACUACAAGUUGACUUUAGCAAGGUAUUGUGUAAAUAAUCAAGUUCAACUUAACGCUCAAAAUCGUGUUGUCUUUUUCUUUUCUAGUUUUCUUCUCUAACAUUGUUAUUUCGUGAUCUCAAUUUGUGUACAAAGUUGAGUUUUUGACAACACUAUUUUGAGGGUUGACAUUCCAGGAAAGAUUUGAACAAAAGAAGAAACGAAUGUUAAAUGCAGUUAUUGAUUUUCAAUUAAUGCAUAUGUUAAAAUGUAAAAUUGUUAAAUGAUUGUUUAAGUUGCUUUUAGGUGUAUAUUUAGCUUUGCUUACAACAGUUUAUAAGAUUAUUUUAUAUCCGUGAACGCCCUAAGACUUUUUACCAGAGUUUUUGUACUAAAGAUUAAUCUUUGUUGCCCAUGAACAUUAAGACUGGAUACAGGGUAUAGUACUAUAUAAAGCUAGCAGGCCUACAUGUAAAUGUUUGACUCUACAAAAAGUUGUAAAUAUAAGUGGAAUAUUUUGAAGUGGCAUUCUGUCAUUUAUGAGUAUUUAUCCCUCUUGCUUAUUAAUUUAAGGUCAUUUGUCAGCCUUAACAUAUUUUUUUUCAUAUUUCUGUAUCAAUAAAUCGGUCUUAGUUUUACAUUUCAAUACUUUGUAGAAUUACUGAAAACAUUUCAAGACAUUUUCUCUGGUGGAAGGAAAAUAAACUAACUCCGAUAUUUUGUAAA